AUGGAAACGAUAUUGCCUUUACUUCUCGGAUACGGAAAUUCACUAUUGAGGUUUCCGGUGGAAGGAAACGUAUCUAGUCUAUUUCGUCUCCAAAGCACUCUACGAUGGCAUGAAUUUCUGGCGGGGCUAAUCAGAGUCAACAAACUAUCGAACUCACUCGAAUUCGAUACAGAUAUCUACAAAUUCUAUGCAGAAGCACUUACUGAUGUUGAGGAUCAGUCCAAGUCUUAUAAUUGUUCAGUCAGAAUAAAAAACAUCAACUGUCUAGCAUUGGAAAUCCUGGAGGAAAAUCUGCCUGGUCUGAAUGUAUCAACCGAUCUUAAGGAGAACAAGAAAAAACCACGAGCUCUAAGACUUUCUAACGAAAAAAUGAAAGAAGAGACCAAAGAAGAACCAACAUUCGAAAUCUGCAAUCAAUCCAAGCAUGCAGAAAUUUUAGCAGGUAUCGAUAUCGAUAGAUGUGCCGAAUCUCUGAAAAGAAGUCGAAAGACCCAGUUGCUAAAGUGUCUUGAAACCAAGAUCCAUUUUGUACCGAUUAUCAAAUCGCAUACAGACCCUAAAUUGGGCGACUGUUCGUACCUUGAUACAUGCCAUAAGCUGAAAACUUGCAAAUAUCUGCACUACUAUCAAACUGUUCCAACCCUAGCAGCUAAUAAGCCCCCUCCUCCCAAUAGCCCAACACUUGAAGUGUUAGCCAGUUACACCAAAGGAGAACCAAUCAGCAAGACAUUGUGUAAACAGCUGCCGGCACAGUGGAUCAAUUGUGAUGUAAGAAAGCUUAAUUUCAACAGACUGGGUAAGUUUGCUGCGAUAAUAGCAGAUCCUCCUUGGAACAUUCACACAAAUUCCAUUGAAUCGAAUGAAACUGAAUUACUGAAGAUUCCAGUUGAUCAGAUACAAGACGAGGGCAUCUUUUUACUUUGGGUUACAGUAAGGUCUACUAGCAUCGGGAGAGCCUGGCUACUGGAAAAUGGUUACACUGUAUCAAGCGAACUGAUCUGGGUAAAAACAAAUCAACUGGGACGAAACAUCUGUACUGGACGUACAGGUCAUUGGCUAAACCACUCAAAAGAACAUCUGUUAGUGGGCAUCAAGGGCAGAUGCACAUGGCUUCAAAGAGGGUUGUUCGACGACAUCAUUCUAGCCUCAACAAGAGAAACUGGUCGAAAACCAGACGAGUUAUAUGUAAUGGUAGAAAAAAUGGUGGGAGAACAUGCACGCAAACUAGAAAUCUUUGGCAAGCAACACAAUGUAAGACCGGGAUGGUUAACAAUCGGAAACCAACUAGAAGGUAACAAUGUCGUUGAAGAUCUCAUUUAG